AUGACCAUCACAGCCAACAUCGAAAUUGCUUGCCCACCCGAGUUCGUCCGAGCAAAGUUCCUCGAAUUCCCCUCCAUCCCAACUUACCACACCACCUUCUUCACCAGCAUAACACCCCAAGGCCCUCUCGAAUCCCAACAAAAAAUUACCGUCGUCUUCGUCGGCAUGGGCAAAAUGGACGCCACAAUUCUCGCCAACGAACCACAGCUCUUCAAAUGGGCCGGCAGCAUCCCACUCCUCUUCGGCGGCGACCACAGUUUCCACUUCACGCCCAGCACGACAACGCCAGGUGGGACGACCUUUACGCAGGACGAGAGUUUCUACGGCGCGUUGGGGUUCCUUAUGGGCGAUGGGUUUAUCGCGCGGAGGAUGGGCAUGGGGGAGAAGACGGCGAGGAAUUGGGAGGGUUUCAAUAAGGACUUUAAAGCGUGGUGUGAAAAGAGUGGUUGA